GCGUAAUCCGGCCGAAAAAGAUUUUCAAAAAUUAUCGGUGAUAUUUUGAACGCAUUUCAUGUAAAUUUAUACGUUAUAUUGAUAAUAAGACGUACUAUAGUCUGUAGAUCUAAUACAAAUCACCAGACAAUGUUGCUUGGUGUUUAAGGUGACAACUGGUUGAAUUGGUCAAGUAAAGUGUUUAUUCCCUACAAAUGAAGAUACCAUGGAUGAAAUGGAAGUAAUCCAUUUGGUACAAAAUAAACGUUUUCAGAGUUGUAUCUCUGAUAUGCAGGAAAACCAUGAACUGUGUGAUGUAUCCUUGCAACUUCCUAAUGGUGUCACAAUCCAAGUACAUAAGCUUGUAAUUGCAGCUUCAAGUGCCAUGUUCAAAGGCAUCUGCUCUGAAGCAAAGCUAAACUCUCAAGUGACAAUAAGCCUAAAGGAAAUGGACAUAUCUGUCCCAUAUAUGAAGAAAGUGAUUGACUUCAUGUAUGGCAGGGUCAUCACUAUAAAAGCAUCAGAAAUAGAGGAGUAUCUACGAAUAGCAAAAUCACUCCGGAUGAAACCUCUAGAAAGAGUAAUCUCAUCUGUCACUGAGGAACAAGAAGCAAUUAAAGCUGAACAAGCUGAUUCUAAAAAACUUUCAAAGAGAUGUUUGCAGAAGAAAGAUAUGACUUGUGGUUCCCAUGCCCAAAGCACAUCAACUCAAGAGGCUUCAACAGGAUUGCAAUUUCAAGACCAAAGAGAGACAUCCUCUGUGGUGAGUGUUGAUUUGGUUGGUUCACAAUCAGAUUCAGCAGGCACUGAUACUCCUGAAGUCACAUGUGACAUGGGGGACGAAUUCAAUGAUGAUCUUAUCCCACCUUCUGCUAUUAAAACUGAACCUGAACCAGAACACGAUGAAUUUGAAGAAUUAAUGUCGACAAUGGAAGCUGAAACUUAUGAUGACUCCAAUGAAGCAAAUGAUAUCCUUGAUUAUGAACAAUUUGAUGAUGAUGUUAUUGAUCCAGAUUAUGAACAAAUUGAUUAUGAGACAUCUGAUGUAAAUGAUACUUUGUCAGAUUCAGCAGCAGAAGGUUCAUCUCAAUUCUCUUCUGUAACUGACAGUUAUUUAGAUGAUUUAAUAAAGGAAAAGGUUGGAACUGAAAAGAAAAGUCGUAGCACGCAAAGAACAAUGAAGCGUUCUAUAGAAACAUUUCGUAAAUAUUGUAGCACUGAAAACUUUGAAGACUUCUCGAAAGCUAAGCUGAAUCAAUUGAUGUGUAAAUUUUUUGCUGGACUGAAAACACAGCAAGGUGGUCCAUACAAGAGAUCAUCUUUGAUAUCAAUGAAAUAUGGACUUGGAAAACACUUGAUGAAGAAACAGAUUGAUAUAAAUCGUGACCCAGAGUUCCUUAGAUUCCGGGAUGUCUUCAAUGGAAUACUGGCCAAAAACAAGAAACAGGGACUUUCAUCAGUUUCACACAAGCCACCUAUAUCCAAGAAGGACAUCCAAAAGUUAUACUCAAGUGGAGUCUUCAACGAGGAGACGCCAAGUGGCCUUUUGUACAAGACAUGGUUCGAGAUCCAGUAUUACAUCUGUAGUAGGGGGCACGAGAACCUCAGAAGUAUGACCAGGGAAACCUUCAAGGUCUCUAAAGAUGAAUAUGGUCGGGAAUAUGUGCAUGAGGCUCUGGUAACAGAUGGUGAAACCGCUGCAAUAGAUAGGAGAAUGUAUGCAUAUCCUAUUGGUGUACCAAAUUGCCCCGUAGCAACAUUUAAAAAAUACAUAAGCAAACUGAAUAAUGGAACUGAGGCUCUUUGGCAGAGACCUCAGGACAACCAAGUUGUGUAUGCUGAUGACGUCACUUGGUUUCACCGCACACCCCUUGGCCAUCACACCCUUGGCUCAAUGAUGCGUCUCAUAUCAGGCAAAGCAAAACUGUCCACAACGUACACUAACCUUAGUAUUCGUGCUACAAAACUGGCAGGAAUUGCACUGAAAUCAGAAGUUCAUAAUUUGCCAAUUGGCAAUGUAGUUCAAGGUGGAUCUGAUGCCCCAAAACUGAUAUUUAUCCCAAAUCGGAUUGUGCAAAUAGCCGGAACUCAACAGCAGACUGCACCAGGGGUGUCAGUUUUAAGACCUCUUAUGUCUAAACCGAGAUAGUUAUAAAGUGUACAGUGCACAGUGAAGUCUAAUAGCAUCUGUUCAAUCUAUAGUCUGAUAGUAGCCCAUCAGUACAUGUUGAAGCAAGAGUAUUACUGAAAUAUUUACCCUUAUAUAUUGAAAUGUAUUUACUUUAAAAUUACAUUUUGUCUUGUUUUGUAUGAAGGUUCUAUUUAAUUGAUCAUGGUCUCUGUUAAAGUGGAUUCAUGGAUACGCAUGGAGUACAUUCAGAACCCCUGUUACCAGUUGAGAUAAAAAUGCUUGAACCAUUUAUAGCAAAACCUGUCAAUUUAUGGAAAAACUUGUCUAAUGCAAAUGCCACUUCAAGAUUAGUAAUAUGUGUGUCAGUUUGAGAUACCAAAAUUGGGACCGAGAAAAAA